CAACAAAUGAAACUAAAUCACAAAGAGGAUGAUCCUAAUGUUCCCUCACAUAAACGACGAGAUGAUUGUCUGGAGAAAAAGGAAAUGGCUGCUGAACAGGAAACAGGGAAAGGCUUUUCUCUAGAAUCCCCCAGAUGGUUUGCUGAAAAACCAAAUGCUGUCACUAGCAUGGAAGACGACAAUGUGUGCUUAUCCACUGAUGAUGAACACAGCACUGAGAGCAGUGUCCAUUCAGUUCGUUCCCAAAUGUCUCCUUCUACAUCCUUGGACCUCGAUGCGAGGAGCUCCCUGAGGUCUUCCUCCGAGGGUCUAUCGGCAGACAUGCCGAUCCUCACAUCCUCUCACACGCAAUCGUCAUCGUCGUGCUCCACCAUCAUGGUAACUGAGGAGCAGCUGAUGUUAGAACUGAUGAAGACUGAGACCUCCCGAAGCAAUGAGGAGAAGACCCGUCGUCAGGCUGAGCGAGCUGAGAUACGAAGGCAGGAGAUGGAGAGGAGAACGAGGGAGCAAGAGGAGGUCGAAAGGAUGGAGCACCAGGAGAGAAAGCGGACAAAGGAUAACAUAAGGCAUGAGCUGGAGGAGGAACGGAGAAGGAGAGCUGAACAUCUCAGACUGAGGAAGCUCGCAGAGGAAGAGGUGAGGAGGAAACGCGAGCAGGAGGAGCAGGAGCGAGCCAGACGGGAGCAAGCGGAACGAGAGAGAGCAAGGAGGCGACAAGGGGAGAGGAGGCGACGGAUGGAACAACUGCAGAAGAUGAGGGAGGAAGAGGCGAGGAAGAGGAAUGCGGAAGUGGAACAUCUACAUUUGGAGGAACAGAGGAGGCAGGAGGAGGGGUGCAAGACCUUGCAGGAUAUGGACAAGAGAGAGACAGAUGAGUACCUCACUCUCCAGGAGCUGGAGAAGGAGGACAGGAGGACCAAAGAGGAAGCGCACCAAAUGGGGGAAGAAGAACAAGCUUUGAGGGCCGAAGAGUCCAGCGUGCAGGCGGACCUACUCUCCACGCAGAUGAUGCUGUUGCAGCAGCAGACGGCCUUCACAAGGGGUCUGCUGCUGGAGGUCGAAGGGAUGGGAAGAACCCAGGGCAUCUCCAGGCCGUGGGUCUAUUCCUAUUUCACUUUGUUACGGCUGCAGGACCUGAAUUCCACAAAAACUUAAGAGACCGCGCACUGUUAAAACUGGUGUGUCAAAAUUAAAACAAAUUGCAAAACACUG